AUGGAGCUACGGAUUCGCGAGACAGAAAGCCCGGCACCGCAAACGCCCAUCCCGCCGCUGCUGAACCUCCCUUCGGAACUACUCCAUCAUGUGCUCAGCUACCUCACCCUAUCAGACCUCCUGACCGUAGGCAUGGUCAGCAAAGUCCUGCGCACCCACACAUUCCAAGACACGCUCUGGCAGGCCUUCGUAGAAGCAGAGGUACCCAACCCCACGAAACCAGCGCGCCUCACCUGGCGAGAACUAUACCAAGAACACCACCCAUACUGGUUCAUCGCACGCCGCAAAAUCUGGUUCGCCGACACAGCCCACACCGGCAAACUGCUCAUCGCGCGCUACGACCACAGACUCAACGCAAUCGAAGCCUACGCGCUCGUCGCCGAACGACGAUCGCCCGUAGCUCUAUCCUGGGACCAGCACCCCGAAGCCAUAAUCCACACCUUCAGCCCCAACGUGCGCCUCGACCUCAACGCGCCCAUUGUGCGCCUAAAUCGCGAUGCCUACGAAGAAGCUGUCGGGGACAUUGGCUUCCGCCUCCAGAAAGAAAUCCGCAUGUCCCUCUACCGCGACCGCCAACAACAAGCCGCUUCUCUCUUCUCCCAACUCAUGCUCACCCGCCCCUGGCCCCAGGCCAUAACAACGGACGCCACGCCCGUCUGGCCGCCCCUCACCCUCCCCAGCGCACACCGCACGCGCAACGACCACUCCCCCUCUGGCUACCGCCAACCAGGCCAGAAACCCGCGACAGUCUCCCAGCUCUCCGACUCCACAUUCCGGAUCCGGCGCUGGAUGGAAUUUUCCACGCGCGUCCUCGGCAUGGGCAUGCGUAUCGGCGAGGACGUGACGACGUGGGCGACGCUACCAGAAGCGAGCUACACGCCCACGCCCCAGAAACCAUGGCAGGGCAUCUGGUGUGGCGACUACGCGGGCCACGGCUGCGAGUUUCUGGCCAUCAUGCAGCCGGAUGAGCGGGAUGCGAAACCGCUUCCUGAACGUGCGCUGUGGGCUAUGCGCGCGAGGGAGAGGGAGGAGAGUGUGAGUAGUGGGGGGAGUUGGACGACGGCGCCGACGGAUGCGGCGUCUUCUUCCGCUUCCGAGGAGGAAUUUGUUGAUGGUGGUGUUGAGAUGGAGAACGCGGAUGAUCUGGAAGAUAGCGUCGCUACUUUACAGUCUGCUUACCACAACUACAUCUCCGCCUCAGGGGAAAAAUCAGACACGUCAGACAAUGGUAAAGCGGACGAGGAUGAAAGUGUAUACAAAGGCCGCAUCGAAGCCGUCAAGCUCACCGGCGACCCAAACAUUCCCCGCGGCGAAUACACAUUCAUAGCACCGGAUAUUGGCCCUAAUGGCUUGAUCCGCGUUGCGAAGGAGGAGAUUUUCAAGGGCGCAAGGAUUGUGAGGAGUGUGGGGCAUAUUGCUGCGACGGGGUUUAGAGAUGAGCGUCCCAAAGCAAACAUGGCGACGCACGAGCAGUACAUACUGCACGUCACGGCGGGCGCAACCUACGACACGUCGAAACACGAAGAUGUCCUUGUCAACAGCGAAAAGCCCGUCGACAUAUCCUCCGACUUGAUCGACGCGCGCGUACACAUGCGCAUCAAAGACUACCGCGGCCUACCAGAAGGCUCACCAAAGACCUCACCCUACUUCUCCGUACCCCAACAUUGCUACGAUCGCUACUCGAUAUCCUUCUCUUUCACACCAAAACAAGACAUAGCGGGCGACAAGCUCGUUUUCGGAAACGACUUCGAUCACCCGAUUCGCGACCGGUUACCGCCGCUGUUCGACAAGGCGUUUGGGGUAGUCAGGUGGUGGAUUGAUCCAGGUCUAGACGGCGAUGUGUACGCGGACGAGCCGUACCUCUAUGGCGCGCUUCUUUCCUCGAUAAACGUCCUGCGCAUUGGUAGCAAGAAGGAUGCGGACAAGCCGGCCAAGAGCGACCUGGAAGGCGAGGCACAAACAGAAGGAGAUGUGGAAGUGCCUGGCUCAGAUGGCGAGGCCGUUGUAUACGAAGAAGGCGCAGAUGGCGACGGCGUGGACGUCAGGAGGAGCAAACACGUACCCGACAGAGCCAGCGCGCGACAAAAGUUCUUCCUCACGGAGCAGAACAGGAAGGACUUUGUGUUUGAGGCUGGCAGGGAAUAUAAGUGCGAUUUCUUCAACCCGUAUCUCGAUUUCAAUGAGUUUGCGCUCAAGAUCGGAUAUGUGCUCAAGAACCGGGAAACCAACCAGGAGCUCUUUGUCGUGGUGAUAGAACUACUGCCCACCGAGCAAGCUAAAAAAGAGGGUGCUGAGGAUCCGAAAGAGAAGUUUGAGGAGGUUCAUGGUGGCGGUGGGAAGAAGGAUGGAGGGAAUAGUGACCUUGAUUAG